AUAUUAAAAGCAAUUCGAUUUUUUAGUUCAGUCAACUUUCUGUAAGCCGCAUUUGAAAUAAAGAAUUCUAGCAAAGUGAGUGCGUCCAAGAAAAUAUUAAUCGAAUAAUUUUUAAAUAGUGUGAAAAUCGAAAAACAAUUAAUAUUUGAGAAGAAAUUAAAUAAAGAAUUAUGAAGUUGUGCUUAGUGUUGGGACUAUUAUGCCUUGCGGCAUUUAGUGCUGCAAAAGAAGAGAAGAAAGAAAAGGAUAAAGAUGUGGGAACAGUUGUUGGUAUCGAUUUAGGAACAACAUAUUCUUGUGUGGGAGUUUACAAAAAUGGCCGAGUGGAAAUUAUUGCCAACGACCAAGGUAAUCGUAUCACACCAUCAUAUGUUGCAUUCACACCAGACGGUGAGCGAUUAAUUGGUGACGCCGCAAAAAAUCAACUUACCACAAAUCCAGAAAACACCGUUUUUGAUGCCAAACGUUUAAUUGGUCGUGAAUGGAGUGACACAACCGUUCAACAUGAUGUCAAAUUCUUCCCAUUCAGAGUAGUUGAAAAGAAUUCAAAACCACAUAUAACAGUAUCAACCUCCCAAGGUGACAAAACAUUUGCACCUGAGGAAAUUUCCGCUAUGGUUCUUGGUAAAAUGAAGGAAACUGCUGAAGCAUAUUUGGGUAAAAAAGUUACUCAUGCUGUAGUCACCGUACCUGCUUAUUUCAAUGAUGCACAACGUCAAGCAACCAAGGAUGCUGGUACCAUUUCUGGUUUAGUUGUUAUGCGUAUUAUCAAUGAACCAACUGCUGCCGCUAUCGCUUACGGUUUGGAUAAGAAAGAUGGAGAGAAAAAUGUUCUUGUAUUUGAUUUGGGUGGUGGUACUUUCGAUGUGUCACUCUUAACAAUUGAUAACGGUGUAUUCGAAGUAGUUUCUACAAAUGGUGACACACAUUUGGGUGGUGAAGAUUUCGAUCAACGUGUUAUGGAUCAUUUCAUUAAAUUGUACAAGAAGAAGAAGGGUAAAGAUAUCCGUAAAGACAACCGAGCUGUACAAAAAUUACGUCGUGAAGUUGAAAAAGCUAAACGUGCACUCUCUGCCAGCCAUCAAGUCCGUAUUGAAAUUGAAUCAUUCUUCGAAGGUGAUGACUUCUCAGAAACUUUAACCAGAGCCAAAUUCGAAGAAUUAAAUAUGGAUCUUUUCAAAUCUACAAUGAAACCAGUCCAAAAAGUAUUAGAAGAUGCAGACAUGAACAAAAAAGAUGUUGAUGAAAUUGUCCUUGUUGGAGGUUCAACUCGUAUUCCAAAAGUUCAACAAUUAGUUAAAGAAUUCUUCAAUGGUAAAGAACCAUCACGAGGUAUUAACCCCGAUGAAGCUGUUGCUUAUGGUGCCGCUGUACAAGCUGGUGUACUCUCUGGUGAACAAGAUACAGAUGCUAUUGUAUUAUUGGACGUCAAUCCACUUACUAUGGGUAUUGAAACUGUCGGUGGUGUAAUGACAAAAUUGAUUCCACGUAACACAGUCAUCCCAACAAAGAAAUCACAAAUCUUCUCCACCGCAUCAGAUAAUCAACACACUGUCACGAUUCAAGUAUACGAAGGAGAACGUCCAAUGACCAAAGAUAAUCACUUAUUAGGUAAAUUCGAUUUAACUGGAAUUCCACCAGCUCCACGUGGUAUCCCACAAAUUGAAGUCACAUUCGAAAUUGAUGCCAAUGGUAUCCUUCAAGUAUCAGCUGAAGAUAAAGGAACUGGUAACCGUGAAAAGAUUGUAAUUACAAACGAUCAAAAUCGUCUCACACCUGAAGAUAUUGAACGGAUGAUUAAAGAUGCCGAGAAAUUCGCUGAUGAUGACAAAAAAUUGAAGGAAAAGGUUGAAGCACGUAAUGAAUUAGAAAGCUAUGCAUACUCAAUAAAGAAUCAAUUAGGCGACAAGGAAAAACUUGGCUCAAAAGUAUCCGGCGAUGAAAAAACUAAAAUGGAAGAAGCUAUUGAUGAAAAAAUCAAAUGGUUAGAAGAAAAUCAAGAAGCAGAAGUUGAAGAAUUCAAACGACAAAAGAAAGAAUUAGAAGAUGUUGUACAACCAAUUAUUGCAAAAUUAUAUCAAAGUUCAGGUGGUCCACCACCCCCAUCCGGCGGUAGCGAUGACGACGAAGACUUAAAAGAUGAAUUGUGAAAAAGUGAAUUUUAGUUCUAAAACAAAAUAGACAUAAUUUUUUUUAUUUAAUGACAUUGACUGUCAUUAAUCGUAUAAAAAACAGACUGAAUUUCGUACGGAUUAUAAUUUGUUUACGAAUAAAUUAAUAAUCUUGCAUCAGCAUGCGUAUUGGGGAUCUGUACUAUUUGUCAACCAUCGAUCAUACUUAAUUUAUUUAAUUGGUUCAUCGUCGUUUUGCUGAUGGAAGAUUAUGUGAUAAUUGUAAAAUCGUUUUAUACUAUUUUCUAAUCAAUAUGAUAAAACUCCCCCCAAACAGUAUGUCUCCCCUUUUCCCCCUCCUAGAUAAUGAGAUUGUUAUGAUAUCCAUCUUUAUUUUUUAAGGUGGAUGUUAUUUUAAUUUAUUACGAUUUAUUUUGAAACAAUUGUCUGGUUUUUAAUAAAUUUGUAUAUUAUGGUACGUCAUUCCCUUAAUUAAUUGUAAUUUAUUAAUUUUGUAUAAGUAAGCGUGUGUGCAAAUAAAAAAAGUUAUUUUCUAAUAUUAACUACCAGUAAUUGUUUUAUUAUGAUUUGGUCGUAUAUAGGUGUAAAGACUAUGUUUCGAAUAAAAAUUUUUCAAAUAAAA